AUGCUAUAUAAUUUUGAAUCUAAUUUAUCUGAAGCUUUUGGCCAACUAUUAAAAAUAGAGACGGAUUAUAAUGUUAUCAUUCAGAUUGGAGAAGAACCUAAUUUUAAAGAAUUUCAUACACAUUCUAAUAUUUUACGUUGUAGAUCCGAAUAUUUUAAUAAAAUAUUUACAGAAAAUAUCGAAAAAAAAGAUGGAAUGUAUAUAAUUAAGAAAUCAAAUAUUUCUCCUCAAGCUUUUGAUAUGAUCCUUAAGUAUCUUUAUACCGAUCAAAUCGAUAUCACUAAUAAAACUGGAACCGAACUAUUGAAUUUUAUGAUUGCUUCUGAUGAAUUAAUGUUGAAAAAAUUAACUAAACUUACUGAAGAUUUUAUUAUUCAAAAUCAACAAAAAUUCUUACAAAAUGAUCCUAUCGGAAUUCUUCAAAUCAUUCAAUAUUGUAAACCACUUAUUAAUUUACAAGAAUAUUGUUUGAAUAAAAUUUGUUCUGAACCAGAAAUUUUAUUCAACUCUGAUAAAUUCAAUCAAUUACCUGCUUCUUUAUUAGAAAUUAUUUUAAAACGUGAUGACUUGAAUUUAAAAGAAGUUGAAAUUUGGGAAAAUUUAAUUAAAUGGGGUUUAGCUCAAGAACAAGUACGUAAUCAAGAUAUCACUAAAUGGAACCAAGAUGAUAUUAAUAUCUUUAAAAGGAUACUUUACAAGUUCAUUCCUUUAAUUAGAUUUUAUGAAAUCUUUAUUGAAGAUUACUUCAACAAAAUUAAACCUUAUGAAGAAAUUUUAUCUAAAGAAUUGAGAGAUGAUAUUUUAAAAUUUUACAUGAUUUCUGGAUAUAAACCACAAAGAAAUCCAAGAUUUAAUUCUAAUUCUAUUAUAAUUAAACGAAAACACAUCGCACUUUUUUCAAAUUGGAUCGACAAAAAAGAGAAAAUGAAUAUUAAUGAUAUUAAUAAUAUUCCAUAUAAAUUUAAUCUUUUAUAUAGAGGUAGCAAAGAUGGCAAUACAGCUGCAGCAUUUCAUAAUAGAUGUGAUAAUAAGGAAGCUACUAUAGUUGUAAUAAAAAUCACAAAUUCGAAUCAAAUAAUUGGAGGAUAUAAUCCACUUGAAUGGGAUUCAAAUAACUGUAGUAAGUCAACAAAGGAUAGUUUUAUAUUCUCAUUUACUGAUAAAAAUGACCUUCAAAGUGCAAAUAUAGUUUAUAGUAAUGGUGAUCAAUAUUCUAUUCGAACUCAUUCACGUUGGGGUCCAGUAUUUGGUAAUGACUUACUUUUAAAUUAUGAUAAUAGCCCAAAUAUUUGGUACCAUAAUAGUGUAUAUUCUUAUCCUACGCUUAAUUUACCAAAAAAUAUGAGUAUGGAUGAUUACGAAGUGUUUCAAGUUAUUAAAAAAUAA